GUCAACGAGCGUCCACACCGGGGAAGCGGCAUCUGUUCAGUUCCGUUAUAGACCGUCAUACCGGUAGGACGCGGGACUCUUUCAACCGGUUGAAGCUCCGGAGACGAAGAAAGCCACAAUGAAGACUGGAAACGUGUUUGUGUAUCAUCUGUCUGUCGUGUUUCUCCUGGGUGCUGUCGUUAGUGGGAUGUCAACAACAGAUCCUACCACAGAAGCCAACGUCACCUCUAUUGGAAAAAUGACCAGUGACGCAUCCACAACUCCUCCUGUGACACAAACUGCAAGCUCAGUUCCAAUCAGCAACCCCACAAGCAUCAGUAUCACAAGUUUACCAGCCUCCUCAACAUCUUUAGUUACUGCAACAGGAAAUGCCACAGAAGAAUCACCUACUGAUGCAGUGACAACUUCCUCCUCCCAGCCAAGCACCGGGUCCAGAACAACUCCAGAAGAAGUUCAGAGCACUGCCACGGACUCCACCACUGAUUUUGCAACAGUUACAGUAACAACACUGUAUAAUGAAGACACAGAGACAAGUCAACCCACCAACAUCAGUGAGACUACUACAAUCCCCACACCCACUUCAGAUGGCACACUGACUAGCAAUGACAUAACAACUGCAAGUGCACCUGUCACAGAGACACCAAAUGCCGGGACUGCAGCGACAUCAACUGCACAAACCAGCGAUGGUAAAACAACAUUGCCACUGAUCUCACAGACAAGCAACAACAUGACUACAAUGACACCAAGCACAGACUCAAGCAAUGACACAACCACAAUAACACCAAUCACAGAAGGUAGCAAAGACACAACUACAAUGAAACCUGUAACACAAACCAGCAAUGCCCCUACAACACUGAAUUCCACCAUGCAAACUAGCAACAAUGCAAGCACUGUGACACCUCUCAUAAAUACAAACAGUGACAUGACUACAACAGGGAUCAAACCAACUAGCAAAGGCACAAUAACAAUGGCACCAAUCACACAUACAACUAACGACACAGCUACGAUAAAACUUAGUACCGAAACCACUGGUAAAAUAACACUGAACCCCGACAAACAAACCAGCGAUAGCACAACUGAAGUAACACAAUUUACACACACAAAGAAUGACGCUACUAGUACAACACCAGUCAAACCCACCAACAAAGACUCAACGUCAGUGACACUAAUCACAGGCAACAGCACAAUGACAGUGACACCCUAUACACAAACUGGCAAUGACACAUCUUCAGCGACACCACUUAUUCAGACCAGCAGUAGCACAUCAAUGAAACCUGUUACAGACACAAGAACAACUACAAUUCAGCGAAUCACACAACCAAGCAAUGACACAACUACAGAGACGCACACCAGUACUGACAUGACGAAAAUGUCACCAGUCACUCACACUGGCAAUAGCACAUCACCACUGACACAAACCACACAACCAAGCAACGACACAACUACUAAGAUGCAUACUACCACUGACAUGAUGACAAUGUCACCAGUCACUCACACUGGCAAUAGCACAUCAGUUAUGACACAAACCACACAACCAAGCAAUGACACAACCACUAAGAUGCACACCAGUACUGACAUGACGAAAAUGUCACCAGUCACUCACACUGGCAAUAGCACAUCAGUUAUGACACAAACCACACAACCAAGCAAUGACACAACUACUAAGAUGCACACCACCACUGACGAUAAGACAGUGUCACCAGUCACUCACACUGGCAAGAGCACAUCAGUUAUGACACAAACCACACAACCAAGCAAUGACACAACCACUAAGAUGCACACCACCACUGACGAUAAGACAGUGUCACCAGUCACUCACACUGGCAAUAGCACAUCAGUUAUGACACAAACCACACAACCAAGCAAUGACACAACUACUAAGAUGCACACCACCACUGACAUGACGACAGUGUCACCAGUCACUCACACUGGCAAUAGCACAUCAGUUAUGACACAAACCACACAACCAAGCAAUGACACAACUACUAAGAUGCACACCACCACUGACAUGACGACAGUGUCACCAGUCACUCACACUGGCAAUAGCACAUCAGUUAUGACACAAACCACACAACCAAGCAAUGACACAACCACUAAGAUGCACACCACCACUGACAAUAAGACAGUGUCACCAGUCACUCACACUGGCAAUAGCACAUCAGUUAUGACACAAACCACACAACCAAGCAAUGACACAACCACUAAGAUGCACACCACCACUGACAAUAAGACAGUGUCACCAGUCACUCACACUGGCAAUAGCACAUCAGUCAUGACACAAACCACACAACCAAGCAAUGACACAAGUACUAAGAUGCACACCACCACUGACAAUAAGACAGUAUCACCAGUCACUCACACUGGCAAUAGCACAUCAGUUAUGACACAAACCACACAACCAAGCAAUGACACAACCACUAAGAUGCACACCACCACUGAUAUGACGACAGUGUCACCAGUCACUCACACUGGCAAUAGCACAUCACCACUGACACAAACCACACAACCAAGCAACGACACAACUACUAAGAUGCAUACCACCACUGACAUGAUGACAAUGUCACCAGUCACUCACACUGGCAAUAGCACAUCAGUUAUGACACAAACCACACAACCAAGCAACGACACAACUACUAAGAUGCAUACCACCACUGACAUGAUGACAAUGUCACCAGUCACUCACACUGGCAAUAGCACAUCAGUUAUGACACCAACCACACAACCAAGCAAUGACACAACCACUAAGAUGCACACCACCACUGACAUGACGACAGUGUCACCAGUCACUCACACUGGCAAUAGCACAUCACCACUGACACAAACCACACAACCAAGCAACGACACAACUACUAAGAUGCAUACCACCACUGACAUGAUGACACUGUCACCAGUCACUCACACUGGCAAUAGCACAUCAGUUAUGACACAAACCACACAACCAAGCAAUGACACAACUACUAAGAUGCACACCACCACUGACAAUAAGACAGUGUCACCAGUCACUCACACUGGCAAUAGCACAUCAGUUAUGACACAAACCACACAACCAAGCAAUGACACAACUACUAAGAUGCACACCACCACUGACAUGACGACAGUGUCACCAGUCACUCACACUGGCAAUAGCACAUCAGUUAUGACACAAACCACACAACCAAGCAAUGACACAACUACUAAGAUGCACACCACCACUGACAUGACGACAGUGUCACCAGUCACUCACACUGGCAAUAGCACAUCAGUUAUGACACAAACCACACAACCAAGCAAUGACACAACCACUAAGAUGCACACCACCACUGACAAUAAGACAGUGUCACCAGUCACUCACACUGGCAAUAGCACAUCAGUUAUGACACAAACCACACAAACAAUCACAGCAGCUGCACAGACUAACCCCAAACCAACCUCAACUACAGACACUACACAACUCUCCUCCAUCACAACCUCAACUCUAAUGACCACAAAUACCAGCAAUGGCAUAAGUAGUGCCACUCCUGAUAGCUCCACAACUACACUAACAAACUCUGCUAACACCUCUCCUGAGACUCCUGCAUCUACUACCAUACCAUCCUCCACUGUUACUGGAUCCCCACCUGCUUCACCCACCUCGACCUUAAACUCCAGCUCUCUCCCUCCAAACACCUCCCCAGGCAGUAGCACUGCUUCCCCCACUGGAAAUACCACCUCCCCUAGUCCCUCAGCAACCACCCCAGAAGUAAUUGGCAGCACUGGAGAAACAACAACUUUGCCUUGGUCAACUGUUCUGACCUCAUCUGACACCACUUCAAUCUCAACAGCCUCUACAGCCUCCACCAGCACUCCAACAUCUGUGACAGCUCCAACCUCAACGACUGCUCCAGCCUUCAUUACAACUUCAACCUCAAUCACCACUCUAACCACUGCUACUCUAGCCACCACUACUACAAACCCCACCACAGCUCCAACCCCCAUCACCACAUCAGCCUCCACCAACACCCCAGCCUCCACUACUGCAACCCCCUCCACCACACCGACCUCCAACACUCCAAUCCCCCCCACCAAAUCACCCUCCACUGACACUCCAGCCUCAACCACUCUAGCCCUUACCACUACUCCAAUCCCUACCACCACACCGGCCUCCACCGACACACUAGCCUCCACCACGAGUCCAGUCCCCUCCACCACGCCAGCCUCCACCAAUACUCCAGCCUCAACCACUCCAGCUAUCUCCACCAUGCCAACCUCCACAGAUACUACAACCUUAACCACUCCAAGUGUCACCACCACUCCCACCUCCACCACUGCUUCAGUCAGUCCCACCACCAUUACUACUGGUACCACCAUGGCUGCCACUACCUUCACACCAACAGAAAUCACCAGCAACAUCCCAACCACAGCAACUACACCCAUUCCCACCCUUGCUUCAGUCAUAGUGUGUCCUACCGUCCCUUGUCCUGUUGGAAGCAUCUGUCUUAAUGGAACUUGCCAAUGUAUCUCUGGUAGCUUCCUGCUCAAUGGCCGCUGUGAACCUGCCCAAGUGUUCCCAGGCCAGCUACAUCUCAUCUCCUUGACAUUUCAAGAAGAAAUGAGCAACCGGUCUUCAGCUGUGUUCCAGGAGACGUCAGCUAAUAUAUCAGCAGCUCUCAGAGACGCCCUCAAAAAUGAGCCUGGUUAUAUACGAUCUGAUGUUGUACGACUUGAGAGAGGAAGUGUGCAAGCAACUGUAAAUAACAUCUUUAGAAACACCGGAGUCACUCAAGAGUCCGUGGAUCAGUCCAUUAAGCAGGCUAUAGCUAACUCAGCAGGCUUGAAUUUAUUGCUCAGUGAUGCUACAUUUACAGGAUCAAACUUGUGUGAGCAGGAGCCAUUGCCUUGUGAGGCUGCCACUACAACAUGCACAAAUACAGACGGGCAGGCUGUUUGUUCAUGUAAAAAGGGCUACAUCUCCAUCAUGUAUUCAAACAACAGCUGCAGAGCAUGUCCAAGUGGUCAGAAGGCAGUAGGAGACACAUGCAAAGCGUGUCCAUUUGGAUAUGCUGGCUUCAACUGCAAUGAUUCUGCUCUGCUGGCAGUGGUGGUGGUCUCUUGUGUCCUUGGAGGAAUUCUUCUCAUCCUGGUCCUGGCUUUGGUCAUAUACUUUCGCUGGCGGGAAUACUUGAAGAGGAAACCAGACGACAGCAGCAGUCCAUACUCAAUAGGUGACUUUAGCCAGCCUUGGCCAGCUGGCAUCACUCCCAUCCCUCGGGCUACCACCAACUGUGAUGGAGCUUCAUCCAUAGAGCUGACAGAAGGGGGCAGCACUCGAGCCCUGGUGGACAAAAAGCAUCAAACUAAUGGAAUGGGGUUUCAGCCGAAGGAGAACAGAUGGCGAAAGACAGGAUCAUAUGAUCUCAACCCAGAGGGAAUGAAGACCUUCAAAGGUAAAAAUCCAUCCCGUUACUCCUAUCUGGUUCAAGGCCACGAGAAUCCCUACUUCCUACCAGGAGACGAGAACAAAAAUUGAAAACAUGAGGUCAGCCGGUGGUAAAAUCCACAGAGAAAUGAGAAACUGAUCACUUUAAGUCUUCAGGCACAUUUCCUGAGCAGGCCCAGGUUUUAUUUUUGUAACAUUUUUAAAAUUGCUUGAGUCAAAGAUGGAUGUUUAUGACUGGGAGAAAGCCACCAAAGAGAUUUAUUAAUUUUAGCAAAAAGAUUUCUUAAAGGUGGCAUGUGGAUCAUGUCUACUGUGUGGGAAGAGCUUUCAUAUUUCCACCACAGGAUGUCGCUGUUGCUCACAUUAAUCCUCUUGCUGUUUUUAAAGGUACAUUUGAGUUUUUUAUGUUUUAAAAAUCACUCUGUAUUCUUUAAAAUGAUGCUAAUUGCACUACUGUGUGUGUCAUGUUUACCACCGUUUUUGUCUGCAAUCAAAGGUAAAAAUGAAUGUGAUCUUUCUACAGCUAUAAGAUACUUUUCUUAAAGGUUUGAUUAUUUUUUCAAAUGUGUGAUUUUAAAUGUCUACAGGGGCUGGAUCCCUGUUUCUGGGUAUUUUUAAAGGGAUUACUAAUGUAGCAGUCUAUUGUUUGUUGAAGCUGUUCUUCAACCUCUUUGUGCCUGUUUUCGUUGUCAGUCAGACAAAAAGGAAACAUGCAAAGCUGGUGAUGAAGCCUCUCUCCCAGAUGUGCCAAUCUCCACUUCUGUACAUUUCUUUUAAAUACUCAGAUAUAUAUAUAUAUUUAUCUUUGUGUGUACAAGUUGGUGCACUGUUUUUAAAUGUGUAAAAGUUUUUUUUUUUUAAAUUGAAAAUCACUUGCAGCAAAUGUUUUUGUAUGCAAUGGAAAUAAAUUAAUA